AUGCCCGUCCGCGUCCAGACGAGGUUCCCUUCAACCUACACUGCGUACGCCUUCCUCGAGCCUGGCGGCAAGUUGCAGAAGAUCACCGUCCCGUGGCACUACCCCAAGACGGGCGAGAUCGUGAUCAAGGUCCUCGCCUGUGGCGUCUGUGGAACAGACGAAAUAUGCCCUUCACAGGUCAUGCCAGUGUCACUGCCGCGCGUCCCCGGGCAUGAGGUGGUCGGGGACGUUGUCGCGGUCUCCGCGCGCGAGAAGCUGUGGAAGCUCGGUCAGCGCGUCGGCGCAGGCUGGCACGGCGGCCACUGCUCGAUCUGCCCCAGGUGCCGCGCGGGAGACUAUCUUACCUGUGAGAAUCAAGAUAUCACUGGUGCGAUGAGGGACGGGGGAUACGCAGAAUAUAUGACCCUCCGUUCUGAAGCGGUUGUCGCGGUCCCGCAAGACAUCGAUCCCGCUGAGGCCGCCCCGCUCCUUUGCGCCGGGAUCACGACCUUCAACGCGCUGCGAAACAUGAACGUGACGCCUCCGGACUACGUCGCAGUCCAAGGCAUUGGCGGCCUCGGUCACCUCGCGAUCCAGUUCGCGUCCGCCAUGGGCUUCCGCGUCGUCGCGCUCUCGUCCGACGCGGCCAAGGAGGCCCUCGCGCGCUCACUCGGCGCGGACGAGUUCGUCGACGUUUCCCAGGUUGACGCGACGGCCGCGCUGCAGGCACUGGGUGGAGUGAAGGUGAUCAUGUCGACCGCGCCAAACGCGGCGGCGACGGAGCGCCUCCUCGACGGGCUGUGCGUGGACGGCACGCUGCUCGUGCUCGCGGUCGAGCCGGAGCCGAUGCGCAUCGCGCCUCUGGCCCUGCUGUUGAAGCGGCUGAGUAUCAGGGGCUGGCCAUGCGGCUCGCCGAAGGACGCGGAGGACUGCCUCGCCUUCGUGCAGGCGAAGGGUAUCAAGUGCAUGGUCGAGCGGUUCCCACUGCACAAGGCGCAGGAGGCGUUCGACAGCAGAGAGACGGCGCGGUUCCGGGCGGUCAUCGUUCCCGGGUCAGUUUGA